AUGGAACUCGACGCCGUUGCCGUUGGACGUGAUGUCCAGGUCGUGGAUCCCGAAGUGCGCGCACAUGUGUAUAGUCUCGUCACAGCUCUCGGAGGCUUCAACGGCGAAGAUGUAUCCAAGUACAACCUCGGAGAUGACGCAUUGGCAUGUUUACGCGAUAUCAAGAAAUGGCUCAAAUUAUAUGACGACAAAACGAACCGACUUGACGUUGCGCGGUGUCUUGGAGAGGCAAAUCUUGUGAAUGGCGAUUUAUUGCCGAUCCUGGGCUUGUGGUAUAACAGCGAAGGGUAUAAGAAGAAACACUUGACUCGUGUUGCGUUGGCAUGCUUGGAAUUGCUGGUCCCUUUGACCUGGCCGGUAGAAAUCCAUGACCAGAUGACCGUUAAUCACCAUCGGCAUACUCCAUACCUGCAACAAGCUCAAGUACAAUACAAGCGGGGAAUACUAGAUCAACAUGCCGGCCUGGAUACUUUACGCGCUGUCCUCCAAGUCGGGUUGCCCAGCUUGACAAUGCCAAAAUCCGAGCGCACUAGCAGGGACGACGGAAUCUUGAAACUGAUGCUGUACCUGUUGCGAAAUGUCACCAUGAUUUCUGCUCCCAAGGGACUAGUUACCGACGCUGACGAGGACGAGACAUCACGAUCUGUAACUAUCAACGCAUUUCAACAGCAAAAUGUUUUUGCUCUUCUACUCACGAUGUGCGCCAACAUCAACGAAGACUUCAACUUCCAAGACACCGUGCUUUUGGAGACCCUGUUUCAUCUCGUCAAAGGUGUCAAUGUGCAGAAAAUGUUUAUGAACGACAACGAACGCCAGAAGAAACGCAACGAUGAGCUGAGUGAUCUACUGCAAAAGGAAAACGGUAUCAGAAGAGAAUAUGCCAAAAAUGCACCAACCCGUCAUGGGCGCUUUGGGACUAUGAUCUGGGUAAAACGAGAUGAUGCUAAAGUUUCAACUGUUUCUGGACAGGAUAUUCUCAAAGACGGCCAGAUUGCAUUUAACAAAAUGGAUCAGACGAAGAAAUGGAAUCGUCCAAAACAUGGUCGUCGGCAACAACCUGAAGCUGCCAGUGGUGACAUUUCUUCGACUACGCAUCUUACAUCCGUGGCAACCAAAAAUCUUCGCACAUUUGUGGAGGAGUUCUUAGAUACCGGCUUCAACCCGCUUUUUACACAUGUCAGAAAGGCUAUUGAGCGCGAGGCCGAUAGAGUUACUGAAAUCAAUAUCCGGCAGUUUCUCUACCUGAUAGCUUGGUUUCUUCAAGCCGAACGCGAGCGACGCAAAUAUCAUAAAAAGCAAAAUGAGAGAAACAAAGGAACAUCCAAAGAGAUUGAACCCGACAACUUCUCUUUGGUUGCAAGUGUACUCAACCAAGAGACUUUUGUCUUUCUUAACCGCGCAAUGCAAUACAGUUUCGAUCAUAACGAUUGGCAAGAUCUUAAUGCAAACAUGCGCUGUUUCACUCAGAUUCUCCUGACAGUUCAAGAGAUGUCCACAUCUCCGUUUGAAGAAGAUCAGGAGAUUGCGGAGAACAUCCUGAAUCGUAUCUUCUACGAAGAGACAACACACGAUAGAAUUAUAUCCAUUGUGAGAGGCUACAAGGAUCAAGGUUUUGGAUAUUUGGAUGCGUGUACCGAGCUUUCUCAUGUCUUUUUAAGGAUGCUUGAGAACUAUUCCAAAGAGAAUGUAGACAUGGUAGUGCGGUCGAAGCGAAGAUCGAGAGCAAAGAAGAGCGAUACUGCUGGUCAAGAUGUUGAAAAUGAAGAGAAUGACAAUUCCGAGGCAGAAGACCUUGCCGAUGCUGCUCGAGUUGCCAAGGAGCGCAAGUUCGACUUUAAACGUUUCGCGGCAAGAUUUUGCUCCCAGAAGAGUGUUGAUACAUUUGUUCAAUUUACAACGUAUUACCGGGACCUCAGUGACGAGCAACUGAAGCGAGCACAUCGUUUUUUCUAUCGAGUUGCUUUCAAGCAGGAGUUGAGUAUCAUUCUCUACCGUCUCGACAUUUUGAAUCUUUUCUACCGUAUGAUCAAAGGACCAGGGGCGCUAGAUUCUUCCAAGCCGAUAUUCCGAGAUUGGGAAGAAUUUGUCAAACACCUUACCAAAAAGAUGACCAAGAAACUUAACGAGCGCCCUGCGCUGUUUACAGAGUUGCUAUUCAGCAAGAUCAACGCCACUUUGUUUUUCCUGGAAUAUGGCUAUGAGAGACAGACUAUAUCUCUUAGCGGUGCGAGGCCGCCCGCUGAACUUGAAGUUCACCCACGUGUAGGCACAUCAAAGGACGAGAAGUUGAAUGUAGUGGUGGCUGCUUUGAUCAUGGAUGGUCAAGCUGAUUUGGUCAAAUGGCUAAGUGACACCUUGAGGUCAGCCGCCAACGAACGCAUUACUUGGGAAGCUGAAGAGGAGAUUCGACAGGCUGAGUCAACAGAGGGGAUAAUCACUUUGCCUCCCGCCCCUCUCAUAGAAAUUAAGCCUAGCGAUGACGCAAUCCGGACAGCCAUAUUCAGAAAUGGGCGAUUACGGUUGCUUUUCACCCUAAUCGGGCUAGAACGUUUAGGAGCAGAGGACUUAAUGGGAUCUUCUUGGGUUGUGCCAGGCUCACUACACUUGAGUGAUCUUAAUGCUGUCAAUUCAGUCAUCGAAAAGGGACUCGAGAACCCCGUGACAGAGAUUGAUGGUCUCGACCCCAGAGAACAAAUCCGACGCGUACCCACAGCCGAACCGAAAGAGACUCACCAAACAACAUUAGAUGUAGAUUUUGGCUCCGAGUCAGAGGGCGAAGAUGCAAUCCCCGAUGGACCACUUUUCCCGCCAAAUAUUCGAUCCAAAUCUAAUGCACUCAGGGAGCUAGUGGAGAAGCGUCGCAAGCGCAACAAGCCCGAUGAAGACAAAGAGCCUCUGGAUGAUGCCAUUCUCGAAGAACGUCGUCGCGUGCGCGAAGAGAAUGCGCGGGCAAGACAGGCCAAGAUUAAAAGUGACUUAUUUGUUCAUGAUAGUGACGACGAAUCAGAUGAAGAAGCAGACAGAGAGUUCUUUGAGCGUGAAGAAGCUGUUAGGAAGGCUCAGGAUAAGCGCGUUCGAGAAGCCCUGGUCAAUAAAGCUCUAGAGGAGGAUGCUUCUAAUGAGCAACUGAAAAAGAAGAAGACUACUCGUCGUAAGAGACGCAGUAUGGACGAUGGCCAAAGUGACAAAGAUACAGAAAGCGACGGCCAGAAAAGACGACGAAUCACCAUAGGCGGGUUUGAGAUGAGUGACGAUGAUGAAGAUGACGACGUCUUGAUGACUGGGACCAAUGGUGAUGUUACGUCAAGAGGAGCCUCUACCAACCAGGGUGUUGAUGAGGAUGAUACUCCGCCCACCUCAACAGAGCAGGAGGAAUGGGAUCUCGACAAGGAACUUGAACAGCAGAAGCCAGCCGCUGUUGAGGCUCUGCAUGAUAGUGACACAGAGGAAGAUGGUCCAGUUGCUGGCAAUCGUCGACGAGCGCGAGCUGGCUUUGUGAUUGACAGUGACUCAGAGUAA